AUAAGUCUUCUCUUCUUUUCCCUCCCCCCCUCUCCUUUACGCUGCUGCUAUUGUAGCAAUUGCUGGGACGGAAGGAAGGAAGAACGGACGGACUGACGGACGGACGGACGGUCGGGCAGGCGGACAGGCGGACUGACACAUCGACGAACUGGCAGCACUGACCGACUGACUGACUGACAAACAGGCAGACAGACACACACACACACAUACACACACAUACAUACAUACACAUACAUACCUUUACAUGCACCCACACAUAUACAUACACGCGGAUAUAGUCUCAUAGACACAUACGUACAUAUACAUACAUACAUACAUACAUACAUACAUACACACGCACCGACACGUUACACAAACAUUCACUCACACAUGUAGAUAUAUAAACACAUACAUACGCACACUUACACCCUCACAUGCACGCAUAUAUAUACAUAUAUAUAUAUAUAUAUAUACACAGAUAACGACACGCACAUAGACACACACACACACACACAUAAAAAUAACCACGCUAUAUAGACAAGAAAAAAAAAGAAAAUCACGAAGUAAAAGCAAAAAAAAAUAAACAAAAAAACGGCCAAGCAGGCAGGCAGGCAGGCGGUAGGGAGGGCGGACUGACAGACAGACAAACCGACUGACAGACAUACAGACCGACCGACCGACCGACCAACCGACCAACCAGCCGACAGCCCCGACAGAGGAAGAUUUCUGUGAAAAGCGAGAGGAAAGAAAAACAGUUUCAAGUUUGAAGUUUUCUAUGCGUGGUGUGCCAAGGUGCCCUGGCGUAUCCUAGGGAACUGCCAGUCACGCUGCUCUCGAUAGCAUGGGGGAUCUUCUAUCCCCAAGUCGUAGGGAUGUGGUAGAUCGACUCAGAAGACGAGUGGACAUUUACAGGCGACACAACCACGGUUGUUUACAGAGGUACGACCCGAGCUUUCAAAGCCUCAGUGAGCAGUCGCAAAGAGAGACCAUUUUACUUUACCGCAGGCUGUUGGCUAGCAAAAACCGUAGCCCCAAAUCUAAAAAUAAUUCUAAGGACUUAUCUGGCGGAUCUUCAGAACAGCGAACGUCCAACGUUCUAACGUCAAAACUAAAAUCGAAAAAGGAGAAUCGAGCAGUUAGCGAGGCAGCCUCUUCCCUACCUAACGCAGGUGAUGUGAGCAGCACAAGUGCAGCGGCAGCAAGUGGUUAUACCUACGACGACCCGUCAGCAGCAGCAGCGGCCGCGGCAGCUGCAGCAGCAGCAGCUGCAGCAGUUGCGGUAUCAUCUUCCUCCUCUUCCGCUUCUUCCCAUCAUCCAAACCUUCAACACAACCAACAGCAGCAGCAACAACAGCAUCACCAUCAGCAGCACCAACACGCUCAGCAUCACCAUCACCACCACCACCAGCAGCAACAGCAGCCGCAAGCACCUCCACCUCAAACGACGCCACAGUCGCAACAACAACAACAACAACAACAGCAGCAGCAGCAGCAGCAAAACAGCAACAGCUCUGCGACCAGCGUCGAUAACAAUCCUUUGUCAAGCUUGUCGGUGAAGAUUGUCCAGCAGAUCAACAACCCCACUGAACACCCUCAGACCAUCCACACCAACGUUACAGUGACCAGUGUGAAAACCCAAUAUGGGUCCACAAACGACGGCUCCCCGCAGUCAAGCAGCAUCCAGACGAGCGUCGAAUGCAAGCAGGAACCUUGCGACGAGAGCCAAUGUCUAGGAGCACAGCAACAACAGAAUACCGGUCACAACAACAACAAUAACAACAACAACAAUCAUAACAAUCACAACAACAACAAUACCAUCAACAAUAAUAACAAUCACAACAACAACAAUAACAGUUUGUCCGACAACAUCAUCGGCAAUUUGAACCUAGAUCCUGAGCUUUUGCAAAGCAUUUUGGAGAACCUUGACAAGGAAGAUUUGAAAGGAUUGGACGAUUUUGAAGAAGUCUAUCUUGACAAGGAGAACCGAGAUGAUACACUAAAUAUGUUUGGUCCUUUAACUACAAGUUCUCCUAGUCUUCCGCCGAAAGGUCCACCAUUUGUAGAUACUCCGCCACCUGGUAGCAACCCUCUCAAUUCUCUGUACGACACCAACCAGAACAUGGGUGGUGUACGUACUCCGACACCGAUCCAAACGUUUCGUGGAUCCCACCAACCCCACGUCCUCUCGGACACCGGUCCCGCUGCCGAGACUCUGAAGCAGAUGGCUGCUCAGCACCAGAACCAGACGUACGCGAUGAAGUCCCCAUCCCUCGGGCCGUUUGGUGACCCAGGUUCCGACAUAGACCAGUUUGGCCGAGGCAACGGAUAUGCGGGUUUCGGUCAGGCACCGCCGGGCAUGCCAGGCCAAAACUCCUAUGCUUACGGUCAACAGCCGCCUCCUCAUUUAAACCAGCUGCGAGGUCAGCCAGUACCUCCGGGCUAUCCACAGCCGAUGCCAGGCAAGACUGAUAUGUCGUUACCUUUUGGGGCUACCAAACCGUUGUCUCACUAUCCCGAUCCAAUGGGGGUGCAGGUAACUUCGGCUCAGGGUGGCCCUUCGCCAUCGUCCCUGCAACAGUUGCAGGAUCAAGUGCGAGCGCACUUUAACCAGAAUCAAGGUCCACAGCCCAUGCAAAUCACACAAACACAACAGAUGCAAGUAUCGCAUGGUGCACACCGGAUGCAAAUGUCACAGACCCAACAGCUGCAGAUGCAACAGGCCCCUCAACAGAUAUCAAUGAGUCAGCAGCAGUCGCUGUCCCUCAACCCAGGUGCGAUGGCCCAAAGCCAGUACAUGACUGACCAAAUGAGCAUCAUGCACGACAAAGUGCAUGCUGAACACGUGUGCCAAACGAAAUCUCGCGAAUCUAUGCUAGAGCAGCAACAGCAGCAGCAGCAGCAACAGCAACAGCAGCAGAACGCCGGUGGUCCACCCUGCCCUACCCAAAUGCAACAGUACAUGAGUCGACCGCCACCCCCUGACUACAAGCUGCAACAGACUAGCACCAAUGGCACCACGUCGUUUGGUACAAACGGCGCAAACCCUUUACAGACAAUGCAAAACAUGAUUAACCAAACCAGCAGCACGAUACAGCCUGGGUAUAGUGUGCCGGGUAAGACGGAAGCUAAUUCUAGCCAAGCUGGCCUCUUACAUUCAGCACAAGUUACCGCUGUACAGCAGAUGACCACCUCUGUUAUGCCAUCGGCUAACACCUCCCAAGCCCCUGUAUCUAACUACCCUAGCCCCUCAUUGACCAGACACUCACCGUACACAACACAAGCCCCUACACAGACUCCAGUGGGUGGUUCUGUCACCAGUCGAUCGCAACGACCGUUGACGCCCACGUACAAAAGCUCGAUCAUGCGGAACCAGCGACCGCCUAACGUGAACGUCGGACCUGACGGGCUGAACAUAUCGCGCCCACGAAGUUCCGGAGACUGGCCUCGGCCAAUGAUGCAAGGUCAGCCUGGUGCACGGAUGGCUGGUGCAAACAACAGUUCCAUUGCAAUGUCACGCAUGCACCUAGCAACAGCAGGCCCUGGUAUGAUGCAGCAGUAUGGUGGUUACACAAAUCCUGGUGGCAUGCCGCCUGGACAGCAUGUGUCGCACAUGCACCAAUCACAACUGGAUGGUUUGCCCGGGCAGGCGGCAAUGUUACACCAGAAUUCACAGCUGCUGCAGGUCCAACAACAACAGCAACAGCAGCAGCAGCAACAACAACAGCAGCAACAACAACAAAGCAUACAGAUGUCACAACGAAUGGGCGUGAGACCUACCCUGAUGCACUGUACGCCAGCGUCUUCGUCUCCUUACAGUCUCGGCUCUGGAGCGGGUUUUGCAGUGUCGGGUCCCGUGAAUACCCACCAGAACGGCUACCCGGCCACAACCACGCAGGAGGACUUUAUGAACUUUUUGGAUAGCGCCAACACGAGUAACGCGGACAUUUUCGAUAGCAUUCAGAGUUCAAAUACGGCGGACUUUAACUUGUUAGAUGAGAUACUUGGCAAAUAAAAAAAAUGGAAUGGGUUGGGUUAACAUGGAAAGAAAUUUACAAUAAUAAUAAUUAUUAUAAUAAUAAUAAUAAUGGUAAUGAUAAUAAUAAUAAUAAAUUUAUGAUAAUAAUAAACAAUAAUAGUGAUUUGUAAAGGAAAAAAAAAUGUGACGAUGGAAAACAGACAUGAUUCAUUUCAUUUUGGGUACCAAUCAGACAAUUUGGUCUAUCAGAUUUCAUUGAUUAAUUAAUCAUGUUUGUCACAUGGUCAGGUGGAAUGAAGGAGGCUUUUUUUUUUUUUUUUUUUUCUAAUUUCGAUGAUGACAAAAGAAAAGUAAUUUCAAGCGAAAAAGACUUAAGAAGCGAAACAUUCUCGCAUCACAUACACAUCUAAAAAAAAAAAAAUUCUUAAAUUGAAAGCAACUCUUGUAGAUAAAAGAGUCUCAAAAAUAUAUUCCGUGACGAAUAAGAAAGAAAGAGAUAUACGUAAAAGAAAAAAAAAGUUUUUUCUUUUU